UUGACCUUUUACCUCAACUGCCUUUUUUAAGUGUUAUCUCCUGGAGGACCUGGACUGUAAAAGAUUAAAAUACUCCAAUUAAAUAAAAAAAUAGAAAAUCGCAAGUUAGUUAAGAUCAAUAAAGAAAGGUACAGAUGUCUUGGAGAAGCUGGAGAGAAAGUAUCGAAAAUCUAAAAUCAGUUAUACUAAUCAGAGGUGCCAGAGAUGUAAGUGAUCUCACCGCCUGGAUCGUCGCCGGAACCCUAGUUUAUUACCUCGAUAUUGUGCCAGCUCAGGAACGUAAGCAGCAACUCAAGGAAAAAGCGGCUCGUGAUGCUUGCGAUCCUAAUCGCUAUAUCGAGAAAUGCAAACCUGUUCCUGAUCCCCAGGUAACAGGCUUGAUAUAUGGCAAUAAGACCAGAGUUAGAAGCACUAAUAAACCGAAAAAUAAGUGAGUUUCUUUGGUAAAUAUGUGCGUGUUUUGGUAUUUAUAUAUGCUAAUAGAAACUAGAUGUAUCUUGUGAGUUAUGAAUUUUAGGAAGCACUCAUCGUAUCGUACGGUAUGUUCUCUGUAGAGAAAGUGAUUGUGAAGUCCGUUGUUUUAUGUAGAGAAACUUAUCGUUGAAAUCAUACAUUUAUCUAAUAAAGAGCAAUUGCUAUUGUAUAGGUUA